GCAAGACUGGGCCGUCAUAGGCAGGAGUUAUGGGGUUCUGUGUAGAAAGUGAACGCAUAAUUAAUUACAAGUUCUUCUGAGUGAGCCAAUUGAAAAUGAUGAUCUGCAGUUCAAGACACUCAAGAUUACAGACUUCGGGCUUGCAAGAGAAGUAUAUAAGACAACACGUAUGUCUGCUGCAGGAACCUAUGCCUGGAUGGCACCAGAGGUUAUUAAGACAUCCACAUUUUCUAAAGCCAGUGAUGUCUGGAGCUAUGGUGUUUUAUUAUGGGAACUACUAACAGGCGAGACUCCAUACAAAGGAAUUGAUGCUCUGGCUGUGGCUUACGGCGUAGCUGUGAACAAGUUGACGCUCCCCAUUCCUAGCACUUGCCCAGUGCCAUGGCGGGAUCUUAUGGAAGCCUGCUGGUGUCCAGACCCUCACCUGCGCCCCUCAUUUGAAGACAUUCUUCAGGCUCUGGAUGCUAUUGUUCAUUCAGCAUUUACACAGACGCCACAUGAGAGCUUCCACACUAUGCAGGAGGACUGGAAACUUGAGAUUGAGGAGGUGCUUCAUGGUCUGCGCAUGAAGGAAAAGGCAUGCAGGUCGCUAGAGGAGGAGCUGCGAUGUCGCGAAGAAGAACUGACGAAGGCACAGUUGCAACAGAAGCUGCUGGAAGAACACCUGCGUCAGCGGGAACAAGAGCUGGCGGCACGUGAGAUCGACCUCUUGGAGCGAGAGCUUCACAUCAUGAUCAUACAACAACAGACACCGACACCAAAGAAACGCAAAGGAAAAUUCAAACGUGGCCGCCUCAAAAUUCUGAAGAAGGAGCCUGGGCAAAACAUUAGUCUACCUUCAGAUUUUCGGCACACCUUCACUGUACAACAUACUGCACCAGAUCGGAAGCCUCGCAACCCAUCAAGCCCAAACAGCCCACCUGGGUCACCUAGUAUCCCACGUCUGCGUGCUAUUGCACUCCCUGCUGAUGGGGUGAAGGGUAAGACGUGGGGGCCGAGCACACUGCAUCAGCGAGAACGUGGGCAGAUCAUUACACGGGUGGUAGACGGAGUUCCGGGCGGGCCAAAGCGGUGGAGCCGCAGUGCCCCCAACCUCGAGAAGCACGCGGCUGCUGCCAGGGGGGUGGGCACCCCCAACAUCACCGCCCUGCAGGAAAUAGGCUACUCUGAGGAGCAACUUCACUCACUCUAUUAUGCUGCUGCAAUGAAUGCAGACCCAAAUGGCGCUGUGUCAUGUGACUGGCCAACAUCUGCUGCUGCUGGGUCUCCACUCAUCUUGCCUGUUCCCAUGCCAACUUUAUAUAGCAAUGGGUUGGAGCCUAGCCGAACAAGACUUGCAGCAGGGAAGCCAUCCAUAAUUGAGCUAGUACUUUACAAUAUGGCUGCCAUGUUAGCUGGUGUUGCAGCUGGCUAUGAUGUUCGUCUCUCCAAUGUUUCACCAGUACACCCAAGGCUGCACCCUGAGAGGUCAGAAGAAGAACAGGAGGAGAGGCGGUGGUGGUUUGGUGGAAGCUCAAAUCGCAGUUCAGGGCUUGGAGCUCUGUACCUGGGUAUGGACUAUGAAUUUUCAAGUUCAUCAGGCUACCCUCACAAUACGUACCAUGGCCCUGCCAGGCACCUGAGGCCCUUGCUGAACAAUCUUGGGCCAGAUCCUGAAGGUGGCACCAAGCCGCUGCGAUUCACAGACUCUCCUCAGCAUUAUGCAAUGGCACAGGGAGGAACGCCCACUCUUUCCCCCCGGCGCAAGUCAUCCAGUACCAGCAAUGAGGGCAGUGAGGCAACUUAUCCACCACCCCCACCUGCACCAUCUGGAGGGGGUCUCCUGGACCACCGAGGUCCUGGUCUGUAUAUCUCGGCAGCGGACUAUGCAGAAGGUGGCAGUGCCAGUGUUGUUCAUUAUGCCAGCGGCAAUCACUAUUCGGCACGUCCCGAAUUGUACAGGACUGAUUCAUAUUUCACAGGUAGUAUGUACAGUGCUGUGGGAAACAAUGCCGUACUGCACUAUGCUGAUCGACUGUACCCUGAGUUUGAAGGCUACCAGCUACACCACCACCCCCACACAGGUGCUUAUGAUAAUCCGAGUGUAAGCAGUGUGAGCAGUUCUACCAACAGUAUAACCCCUCGGACACCUUCACGUCUAUGUUCCAGUGGUAGUGCUACUAAUCAUACUCCAUAUGAACAUCGCAGAACACCAUCAAAUGUAUCUAAUGCUUCGUCAUCAAAUAACAGUAGUUCCAAUGUGAAUCCAAGCUUCAGGCUGGAGGACGAGGGGGAGUACUCACAGUACAGCACACCAACACACCAUUAUUAUGCCUCCCAACAGCGUCGCGGCAUGGACUAUGAGUACAGUCCUUCACCACCACCUUUCUUUUCUAGACAAAACUCUCAUGAUUCAAAUGCAUCCAAUGUGGUUGACACAAGACCUGGUACACUGGAAGUUGGUGGAGGAACAAGGCUUCGGUCAAGCUUGAAACGGUACAAUUACACUCCUGUAGGGGGUUCAAGGACAGGGGGAGGAGGUGGCUCAUCAUCAUCUGGCGGAGCUGGUACACCCACGAACCCAACUCCCCCGGACAGUUUAACAAGCGAGGACAGUAGCUACGUCUCAGCUAAGGAGGGCUCCUACUCCUCUGUAUCCAGAGUCCGGUUCUCACCGGUCACAAUGAUGGCUGCAGAGACCAGGGAGACUCUGCUUGACAUUCCAGUGCAUGGACAGAGCCAAGAUGUGACAGUGCCAUUGCAGGCUGUCCCCAGGAGGAUACGCAGACUCAGUGGUGAGAUGAAUUCAAGUACUGGACGCAACAGAAAACCCUCCGUUACUGAGUUGGAGCGAGAGUUCCUCUCAUAGCAGAUGCUCAACACCAUGUGGCAAGCUGGUGCAGUGCACUCUUGAGGGACACCACAUCAACUAAGCUUUAAAUCAUUAUCAUGAUGAGUGCAAUGGGAGGUUGUGGGAUAGACUUAGCAUGUCACAUUUUUCCAGAGUAUUAAUCACUCACUCACUUUGUACAUAGGCACAAUGCCCUGCAGUAAGAUAAUAUCUGUAAAUAAUUUGUACAUUCAACACACAUGGCUUCCAGGUCACGUCAUUCCAACUUCAUUCCUCUUUUGUACACUUCAGAACUAACAUUGUGAUGUUUACCUCAUUGAACACUAACUCAACAUGUCAUGGCACAGAAAAGCAGUCUGAUGGGUAGAUAUUAUCUUGUGUAUAAAAUAUAUAUACAUAUAUAUGCCAUAACUUUUGAGGAUAUGAAGUACUUUGUUGCUCAAAUUUUUAAGUGCUUUGAAACACAAUGACAGAGAUUAAUAAUUUAUUGCAGGAGAACAAAUACUAUUAGCCAAGAGAGUGGCCUUGUUUGGUUCUGUACUUCUCACAUGAGUGGCAGGAAUGACUGCGCUGACCAUCCCAUGCUAGUCUCGAGACCGAGCGUGUUCCAAGCAACGUGCGGCCUUGAUUUUAUUUAUAAUCUUUCUCUGUUUUGCAAUGUUUUCCCUUAUUUGCUGUUAUAUAUGGUGUUUAAAAUUACAUUCCACUUUUUACAUGUACAUACUUGUAUUGUGAUAAACACAUUCCUGAAUAUGAGACAGAAGACGAGGUUGUGUGAAUGAGUUGUGGAUUUUUUUAUAUUAUUUUAAGAGGUCAACAUGUUAGGCAGCACUGUCUGCUCUGCCAUUCUGUGUAUAUAUAUAUAUAUACAAAUAAUAUAUUGCAACAUGUGUGUGUGUGUGUGUGUGUGUGUACAUAUACACAUAUAUAUUUGUCUAAAACCGAAGAAAGACUUGUACAGUUUUCUCCAUUUUAAAAGACCAAGCUGUGUAAUACUAGGGUAUUGGUGGUGAUGAUGAAUUAUGUUCUAAUUUUAAUAUAAUUAUAAAUAAAAUAAGCUUUCAGUGGUCCUGAAUAUACUUUUUUCCCCAGAUUUUGCAUGUUUGAUGAAAUAAUUUUGACCUCAGGUCUAAAAUUCUAUUACUGAAGGCAGUAUUAGUUCAAUAAAAAAGGUGGAAGUCCUGUGCAUAAUGAAGCACCACAACCAUUAACAAAUGAGGGAGAAUCGAGAUAUAGUUGCAUGUAUUGUUAAAGUUUGGCACUAGAUGGAAGUGAGCAGCCAGCACCAUCAUGCAUCUGUAUCCCAGGGGAAAGAGCCUCCAGUGCUCACAGGUUAGGAGACUUAGUAGGCCCCAAAGCCUGUCUAGAUUCUAUGGAGAAGAAAGUCUUUGCCUCUGCCAGGAAUUGAAUCAUGAUCUCUAAGUUAUCUAGCCUAUAGCCUGUUCACUAUACUGACUUAGAUAUCCCAGCAUUAAUCCUGGUGUUAAUUCCUUGCUAGGAUUUUUUGGUGUUGCAUGCAAUAACAUGUAAAUCCCUUAGAAGAGAUCACAUUUGUCUCUCUGUCCUUUUAUCUGAGGUAUUUUAUUAGGAAUGUGGUGUGGCAAUGGGAAUUCGUAUUAAAUACAAACCUGAAAAUAUUACUCCUUAUUUUGGCUACCCAGUUAUUUUUUGUAAUUACCUGUGAAAAUAAUUUUGUUUUAAUAUAAUUCCUUAAGGAACUAGAGUGCCA